UGAACACCUGUCAGGGGCAGCUCCAGAGAGCACAGGUGAAGCCGGUGGUUAGCCCAACCCUGAUCCAGCAUGAGCUCCUUCGACCUCCCGGCUCCCUCGCCACCUCGAUGCAGCCCCCAGUUCCCCAGCAUCGGCCAGGAGCCCCCCGAGAUGAAUCUUUACUAUGAGAACUUCUUCCACCCUCAGGGCAUGCCCAGUCCUCAGCGCCCCACCUCCUUCGAAGGUGGUGGCGAGUACGGGGCCACCCCCAACCCCUACCUCUGGCUCAAUGGGACAGCCAUGACCCCACCACCCUACCUGCCCGGCACUAACGCCAGCCCCUUCUUACCCCAGGCCUACGGCAUGCAGAGGCAGCUAUUGCCCAGUGAGCUGGGCUGGCUGCCCAUCCCCUCUCAGGAGGAGCUCAUGAAGCUGGUGCGCCCACCAUAUUCCUACUCAGCGCUUAUUGCUAUGGCAAUCCACGGUGCGCCUGACCAGCGUCUCACACUGAGCCAGAUCUACCAGUACGUGGCCGACAACUUCCCCUUUUACAACAAGAGCAAAGCUGGCUGGCAGAACUCCAUCCGCCACAACCUGUCACUCAACGACUGCUUCAAGAAGGUGCCCCGAGAUGAGGACGACCCAGGCAAAGGGAAUUACUGGACUCUGGACCCCAACUGUGAGAAGAUGUUUGACAACGGAAACUUCCGCCGGAAGAGGAAGAGAAAAUCAGAUGCAUCCUCCAGCACCGGCUCCUUGGCUUCUGAGAAAACGGAGAACAGUCUCCUGUCCAGCAGCCCCAAGCCCACAGAGCCUCAGGAGGUCUUAGACACUGCCUCACCAGACACCACCAGCAGCUCCCCAGAGAAGCGGUCCUCCCCGGCCCCCUCAGGCACCCCAUGUCUCAACAACUUCCUCUCUACCAUGACAGCCUACGUGAAUGGGACAAACCCCAUUAGCCGCUCAGCGGCCACACCAGGACUGAGCCCGGAGCCUAUUGACAAGAUGGGGCAGAACUCACUGAAUUUCAACUCCUACACCCCCCUUACCAACCUCAGUAGCCAUGGGAAUGGGGGUGAAUGGGCCAACCCGGUACCCACCAAUGCUCUGGGCUAUGGAGGCCCUGUCUUCAACCAGUUCAGUCCACAUUUCUACAAUAGCAUCAACACCAACAGUAUCCUCUUCCCCAGGGAAGGCACUGAAGUCUAGAGAUAGAACAGCUUCUGGUCUACAGAGCUGUCUGGGGGUGGCGGGGGGAGGGAGCAAUGGUGGUCCUUCAGACCAGAUCCCUCUCCUACCCCAAGGUCAGAGACAUUUGAACUUCCCAGAUAGCACCACAGGAAGCUUGGAAGAAUCUGUCUUCCUUCUAAGCACCGUUCUAGCCUUCUGGUUCUCUACACAGAUUUGAUCGUGAAUCUACACGGAUUUGAUAACUAAAGUGGGCGUACCAGGACCAGCUUGCCAUUAAUGAUGUGUCCAUUUGUUGAACACUUACUAUGUGCUGGUUCCUGUCUUGGGCUUUUUAAUGACACAGUCACACCAUGUACCCCAAGAGGUUCACUUGAUCCUCUCCAGUUGACAGAUCAUAAAACAAAGGCCCAAGAAAGUUGUCAGCUUUUCCAGGGUCAUGAAAAUGACAAAGAAAGGCAUUAAAGCAGAAGCUGGGUAACCCUCGGAGGCUGGAUAAAAGGAAGUGGGAUUGGAUGAACUGGAUGAGUGUUGGCAUAAAAAGCUGGUUAUGGUAAACACACACACACUUCCCACUGGCUUCUAGUGACCCCCUCAGAAUUCAACACCAAUUUGGCCAUGACAUAUCUCCCCUUUUUUCUUCUUGCCCCAGCUUCCCAGCCCAAGUACCCCUGUAGGACAAUACCUCUAGUAGGAGCAAUAUAGGGUAUCGCUUCAGUAGCCUUUCACAGAACUUGAACAGAGCCAGAGGUCAGUGAGAAAAGUGGUAUGUACCCCUGAACCCCCACUCUAGUACUGCCCACCCACAAAAUCUCAUAAACGCCAGCUUCCUGUGUGUAUGUGUCAUGGACCCGUGAAUAGGAUGUGGCUCAGCCUUCCAAGAGAAACAAGGCCAGAGGAGCAGAAUAAGCAUGUCCUUUUUUAUAGCCCUGGAGAGGUGGAUACUUGUCUGAGAGAACAAUGGCCUGGAGGGAGGGGUCCUCUGCCUGUGCUCGCUCAGAGGGCAGAGUGGCUGUUAGCACAGCCUCUGGUGCUGCUCUCUCUUCUUUUUGUGAGUUACUUUCUAUGCUGUGAUGUCACAUCACAGAACACCCUGAGAAGUGUUGUUUGGUUUCCUUGUUUUCUUUUGAAUUAAAAAGAAAGAAAGAAA